GAGGCGCGCAGGGGCGGCCCGAGGCAGCCGGAGCGCCGCGGGAGCAGGAUGGCCGCGGGGCAGCGCCGGGCCACUGCCGCCUCCCCGCUCGCCCUGGCCUUGGGGCUCCUCGCCGUCGCACAGGUUUUUGGAGACCAAAAUCAAGGAGCAGUUUUCCUACGUGAAUUUACAUUGAUUCGGAGAGAAAGUCUUCAUGAUGAUUUCCUAUCUGAUUUGCUGAAUAACCACAAAACAGAAGACCCGAGCUCCAGAACAGCUCGCUCGGAGGAAGACCGAGACUCCCUGUGGGACGCCUGGGGCUCGUGGAGUGAAUGCUCACGCACCUGUGGAGGAGGGGCUUCAUAUUCCCUGAGACGCUGCCUGAGCAGCAAGACCUGUGAAGGGCGAAACAUCCGGUACAGGACAUGCAGCAAUGUGGACUGCCCGCCAGAAGCAGGUGAUUUUCGUGCCCAGCAGUGCUCUGCUCACAACGAUGUCAAGUACCAGGGGCAGUUGUAUGAGUGGCUUCCUGUGUCUAAUGACCCUGACAACCCAUGCUCACUGAAGUGCCAAGCCAGAGGAACGGCUCUGGUUGUGGAGCUGGCACCAAAAGUUCUGGAUGGGACACGGUGCUACACUGAAUCCCUGGACAUGUGCAUCAGUGGCUUAUGCCAAAUUGUUGGCUGUGACCACCAGCUGGGAAGUGCUGUCAAGGAAGAUAACUGUGGGGUCUGCAAUGGAGAUGGGUCCACCUGCCGGCUGGUUCGAGGCCAGUAUAAGUCCCAGCUCUCCGCAAGUAAACUGGAUGAUACAGUGGUUGCUAUUCCCUAUGGAAGUAGACAAAUUCGCCUCGUGCUGAAAGGACCUGAUCAUUUAUAUUUGGAAACUAAGACUCUCCAAGGUGUGAAGAGUGAAAACAGCCUCAGCACCAUUGGCUCCUUCCUUGUAGAAAAUUCUAGCAUUGAUUUCCAGAAGUUUCCUGAUAAGGAGAUCUUAAGAAUAUCUGGGCCUCUCUCUGCAGACUUUACUAUCAAGAUCCAUUAUGGUGGUGCUGCUGACAGUUCAGUCCAGUUCAUCUUCUACCAGCCAAUCAUUCACAGAUGGAGGGAAACUGAUUUUUUCCCUUGUUCAGCAUCCUGUGGUGGAGGUUAUCAAUUGACAUCUGCUGAGUGCUUUGAUCUGAGAAGCAAUCGGGUAGUAGCAGAUCAAUACUGUCACUAUUAUCCUGAAAAUGUCAAGCCAAAGCCAAAACUUCAAGAGUGUAAUCUGGAUCCUUGUCCUGCAAGUGAUGGAUACAAGCAGAUCAUGCCCUAUGACCUCUACCAUCCCCUUCCUCGAUGGGAAAGUACACCCUGGACUGCCUGUUCCUCAUCCUGUGGAGGGGGCAUUCAAAGCCGCAGCGUCUCCUGUGUGGAAGAAGACAUUCAGGGGCACAUCAGCCCCGUAGAUGAAUGGAAAUGCAUGUAUACUCCAAAGAUGCCUGUUGUCCAGCCUUGCAAUAUAUUUGACUGUCCAAAGUGGCUUGCUCAAGAAUGGUCUCCGUGCACUGUGACCUGUGGACAAGGACUCAGAUACCGUGUGGUCCUCUGCAUUGACCACAGAGGGAUGCAUACAGGAGGCUGUAGUACUAAAACAAAGCCACACAUAAAAGAAGAAUGUGUUGUACCCACUCCUUGCUACAAGCCCAAAGAGAAACUUCCUGUGGAAGCAAAGUUGCCGUGGUAUAAGCAGGCUCAAGAGCUGGAGGAAGGAACAGCCGUUUCUGAAGAACCCUCGUUUAUUCCUGAGGCUUGGUCCACCUGCAGUGUCACCUGUGGAGUAGGCAGCCAGAUGCGGCUUGUGAAAUGCCAAGUGCUCCUCUCUUUCUCUCAGUCAGUGGCUGAUCUGCCCAUCGAUGAAUGUGAAGGUCCCAAACCUGUGUCUCAGAGAGCCUGUUACAGCGGUCCCUGCAGUGGGGAGGCAACGGAAUACACCCCAGAGGAGACUCAGCUUCUGUAUGGCAGCUUGCAGGAGUUUGAUGAGCUCUAUGACUGGGAAUAUGAAGGCUUUACAGAGUGCUCAGAGUCCUGCGGAGGAGGUGUCCAGGAGGCUGUGGUGACCUGUCUGAACAAGCAAACUAGGGAAAUUGCAGACGAAACACUGUGCGUUAGCAGCCGUCGCCCUCCACAGCUGCUGAAGUCCUGUAGCCUGGACCCUUGCCCCCCAAGAUGGGAGAUUGGGAAUUGGAGCACUUGCAGUCUUACCUGUGGGGUUGGUUUGCAGACACGAGAUGUCUUCUGUUCCCAUCUACUAUCAAGAGAGACCAAUGAGACUGUGAUUUUGGCAGAUGAAUUGUGCUCCAAACCCAAGCCAUCCCUCGUGCAAGCCUGUAAUCGCUUUGACUGCCCACCCUCCUGGUACCCUACAGAAUGGCAAGAGUGCUCACAGACCUGUGGUGGUGGUGUCCAGAAGCGAGAUACACUUUGUAAGCAGCGCCUGGCUGAUGGAAGCUUGCUAGAGCUGCCAGAAACCUUCUGCUCCAUGCCAAGGACAAUUACACAACAAGCCUGCAAAAAUGAGGAUUGUCCCAAUGAGUGGCUUCUCUCUGAGUGGACACAGUGUUCAGUGAGCUGUGGAGAAGGCACGCAGAGUCGAAAUGCUACUUGCAGAAAGAUGCUGAAAACCGGGGACUAUCUUAUCAUCAAUUCCUCACUCUGCCUCCCUUUGCCAUUCUCAGCCUUGAUCAGGCCCUGUUCACUAGGCCCCUGUGCACGACGCAACAGACCAGCUCAUAAGCAAGGCCCCCAUAUUAUGGCUGUAAAGCAAGUUUACAUCCAGACGAGGAAGCAGAAGAAACUGCACUUCAUUGUGGGUGGACAUGCCUACCUGCUGCCCAAAACUUCUGUUAUUCUCCGAUGCCCUACCAGGAGGUUCCGGAAAUCAAUGAUCACCUGGGAGAAGGACGACAAGAGGCUUGUCAGUUCAGCUCACAUCACCAUUGCACCCUAUGGAUACAUGAAAAUACAUCAUCUGAAACCUUCAGACACUGGGACAUACACCUGCACAGCAGGGCCAGCCCGGGAGCACUUCAUAAUUAAACUGAUUGGAAGCAACAAGAAGAUCAUUGCUGGGCAACCAGCUGGUAUUAGGGAGGAAGAAGUCAUGAGAAAGGCCGGUUUAAAUGAUGCUUUGCGAACAGAGGAUAAACAUCUCAAUGGGAUUUUCUUCAAUGGUAGCAAGGCUGAAAAGCAAGGACAUCUUGCUAACCCCAGUAGAUGGUAUGACAAUAUUGUCUCAAGGCUGCUACAGCUCAGGGGCUGGCCAGCAGAAAAUUUGGAGUCCUGGGAAGCCCAGGAGUCUGUGGAGAGAAAUGCAUCCUCUGAAGAGGACCAGAGCCGGGAGCAUAGCCUGCCAUUUACUAUGGUCACAGAACAGAAACGCUUGGAUGAUAUCAUAAGGAAUUUGUCUCAACAACCUGAGGAGCUUAAAGAUACCUACACUGAGCAUCUUGUUGUGCACCUGGCUCAUGAGGUUUUCAAAAGCUACUUGGACCACCAGGAAUCUGUCCUCAAAGCAUCAAGGCAAAAAAUGGAUUCAACCUCAGUGGAGUACCCUUAUCACAGACGUGUUUCUGGAUUUACCAGCUCCUUGAGGGCAUCAUCUGCCGAAACAUUUAUUCCCACCUCUGUAGACCUGGCAAAUCACUUGCACAGGCCUCACCAAAAGCCUGCCAUCCUCCGAAAGAUUUCAGCAGCACAACAACUUUCUGCUUCAGAGGUUGUCACCCACCUGGGACAGACUGUGGUCCUAGCAAGCGGCACACUGAGUGUGUUGCUUCACUGUGAAGCAGUGGGAAAUCCAAAGCCCACCAUCAGCUGGGCUAAGAAUGGAGAGGAAGUGAAAUACAAUGAUAGGUUGCUCCUUCAGCCUGAUGACUCCUUGCAGAUUCUAGCACCUGUGGAAGCUGAUGUGGGUUUCUAUGCUUGCAAUGCAUCCAAUGCCCUGGGAUCUGACUCUGUCUCCAUUGCUGUCACCCUAGCAGGAAAGCCACUGAUAAAGGCAUCAAGAGCUACCAUGAUCAACACCGAAUCACCUGCCGUCACUGUUGAUAUUGGAAGCAUGCUGAAAACAAUCCAGAAAGCAAAUGUUAGCAUUAACUGCCAGGUUGCAGGUGUUCCUGAAGCAAAAGUUACUUGGUUUAAGAACAAGGUGAAGCUGUCCUCUGCUCACCAUCUGCAAAAUGGGUUGCUGUUAAUAGCAAAUGUUUCUCUAUCAGAUCAGGGGUUAUACUCCUGCAAGGCAUCCAAUCUUCACGGGGAAGUAACUGAAAGCUCCCAGCUGUUGGUUCUUGAGCCUCCACGACCUCUUCCUUACCUAGAAGACUUGACAGCAGUGCUUAGCAGUGCUGGGCCCAGCACCCAUUCAGUGCUGACUUCUCCUUCAGGAACAAAACUGACUGUCAGUCCAGGGAGCUCUGCUCUCAUAGGUUGUGCCGUCGAUGGGCAUCCAACCCCAAACAUUACCUGGCUUUACUCUGGUGAGCCUCUCAGUCUGCAACAUCAACUCCUGGCAGCAGGACGAAUCCUUCAUAUACUCAAUGUCAGUGAUUUCACUAAUGGUGAAUUCAGCUGCCUUGCCCAGAAUGAGGCUGGCUCACUCACACAAGUAAUGACCCUGGCUAUACAAGAGUACCAGUGGUCGGUGGACAAACUGACAGCUUGUUCGGCUUCCUGCGGCCACAGAGGGCUGCAGCUGCCCCAGCUGAGGUGCCUUCUGGAUGGAGUGGAAGUCAACGCAUCCUACUGUGGAGAGACACCCAAGCCAUCUCUGCAGCCCAUCGCGUGCAACAGAAGAGACUGCCCUUCCCGGUGGAUGGUAACAUCCUGGUCUCCUUGCUCACGGAGCUGUGGUGGAGGCCUGCAGACGCGGAGAGUGACAUGCCAGCGCCUGACAGCGAAAGGCAGCUCUGUCCCCAUGUCCAACGAGGCAUGUGCCCAGGUGUCCAAGCGCCCUGUGGACACACAGAGCUGUAACAGGCAGCCCUGUGUUGAGUGGGCAGCUUCCUCCUGGGGCCAGUGUAAUGGGCCUUGCAUUGGACCACGACUGGCUGUACAGCACCGACAGAUAUUUUGCCAGACCAAAGAUGGGACUUCUGUGUCAUCUCAUCAGUGCAGUUCCUUACCAAGGCCACUGAGCACCCAGAACUGCUGGACUGAUGUCUGUGGUGUGCACUGGAGGGUCAGCCUGUGGACCGUCUGCACGGCUACGUGCGGAAACUACGGCUUCCAGUCACGGCGUGUAGACUGCGUGCACAUCCGCACCAACAAGCCCGUGAUGGAGCACCACUGCUCCUGGAGGCCACGACCAGCAAACUGGCAGCGCUGCAACAUCACACCCUGUGAAAACGUGGAGUGCAGAGACACCACAAGGUACUGUGAGAAAGUGAAGCAGCUCAAGCUCUGCCAGCUCACCCAAUUUAAGUCACGUUGCUGUGGGACUUGUGGAAAAUCUUGAAGACAGACAAGAUGAAAAUGGAGGAACAAGGGGAUCACAGCCUUUUCUUCACUGAGCAAAGGCUUUUGCAGAAAAUACAGAUGGAUGGAAUAAUCUUUUUCAUUUUAUUUAUUUAUUUCCCUUUAAAAAAAAAUGCCUUUGACAAAUCAUUGUUGUAAAGGGACUUGACCAGUUUUCCCUACUAUGAAUCUGGGAGACAGAAUGCAGAUAAACAUAGCCAUGAGGGUAGACCACAAAGAGUUAGAGAGACUCAUGACACCAAGAAAUGGGUAUGAGAGGAGUGGGGCUUCCCCUCAAUCUGUGUACAUGACUGCAGGACACGCCAAGAGACAGGUGAGGAAGAGGAUCAGAGUCAAAUCCUAGCAUCAUAUUACAGCAUCACAGAAUCAUCAAGGUCCAGGGAGACCUUCAGGGUUUUUUAAUCUCUAAUCUGAGCCUCCCCAGCUUAAUUUGAGGCCAUUUUUUUCUCAUCCUGUUGUUUGAAACAUGGCAGAAGAGGCUGACCCCCACCUCAUUACAACCUCCUUUCAGGCAGUUGUAGAGAGCAAUGUGGUCACCCCUGAGCGUCCUCAGAGCUAAACAACCCCAGCUGCCCCAGUUUUUCCUUAUAAGAUGUGUCUUUAAGAUCUUUCACCAGUUCCCUAACCCCUCUCUGGAUAUGCUCUAUCACCUCAAUGUCUGUCCUGCAGUGACGAGCCCAGAACUGAGCACAGGAUUUGAGGUGUGGCCUCAUCAGUGACGAAUACAGGGGGACAAUCAGUGCCUUGGCCCUGCUGGCCACACUGUUGCUGGUACAGGCCAGGAUGCCAUCAGCCACCUCAGGCACCUGAGCACUGCUGGCUGAUAUUUAGUCAGCUCAUAUUUAGGUGUUGACCAGCACCCCCAGGUCUCUUUCUGCUGAACAGCUCUCAUCUCUCUUAGACUACCUUGAGAACGCGAGCACAUGAGUUUGCUUUAUAAGCUUAUUUGUUACAUCCAAGAUUGGAAGCCUUUUUAAUUUCUAAACCCCUCUCUCCUUCCUAUACCAGGCAAGGGACAUCCUUGUAAUCUUUGAGGAUCUGGAGAAGUUCAACAAUGGUGUGUAACAUAAGUGGGUCUAAAAUACACUUGAAAAUGUUUCCAGUUUGAGCUUGUGAGGUAGGAUUGGGGACUGAAGGGUUGUCCUCAGCACAGAGGUGUGGAGGUGAUGUAAAUAAUUAACCAGCAAAAGGAGAACAAGUAGGGUGACACACUUAAGUACAAACCUGCAAACACUGUUCCGUAGAGAGCAUAGGCAGGAAAGAUAGAAAUUGUACGUGAUAAACAGGAGACACUUUGCAUACUGCAUCCUAUAAUAUUUAUUUAGAAAAAAAGAGGUACUACUUCCCAAAGUUCUGGUACAUUCAGACCUGGGGUUUUGGAAAAGAACUUGAAGAAAUAGGGUUUUCUGUUUUGUUAAUAUGAAAUUUCUCUUUUCUGGCAGACAAGCCUUUUGUAUAACUGGUAGAAAAGAACUUUAUUCUGAAUUUUCAUAGUUAUUACUACUCAGUUGAAAUAUAAUCACUUUAGUAUCAGCACCAUUGGACUAAUGCAAAUAAUUUGUAAGAAACUUGCUCCUCUCCAGUUGCCUCCCACAACAAAACAGGUGCUAUAAAGCAGAUCUUUAACUCCAGGUAUUACACCUUGAAUGUACAGUCUAAAAAAUGAGACUGAAACAUCACACUCACAGCAUGAUUUUGCAAGCAGGCCAUGAGUCUAUCCUCCUGACCAGCUGCAGUGGAUAUUCAGCUAGUGAAGUGCUACCUGAUAUUAGUUCCUGGGCAUUCUCUGCUCUGCUCAGAAGGAAAAAAAAAAAAAAAAAAAAA